CAAACGUCAUCGAUGUCGACCACAAGAUUGUAAAUAAUAUUUUGAAGUUGAAACGCGUGUGUUUUUGUACACUUUCGAUUGAAAUAUGGAUCCAGGCCCGAAUCAGAUCAAGUUAAAAACCAAUAUUGCCGAUCUCUUCGACAAUGCCAAACAGGCGAACUCGUAUCUCAAAAUAUGUGCACCGAUGGUACGAUACAGCAAAUUAGAAUUUCGUACGCUGGUUCGCAACUAUGGAGUCGAUCUGUGUUUCACUCCGAUGGUGAUGGCUGACUCGUUUUGUCGAAGUGAGAAGGCUCGACAAAAUGAAUUCUCGACUAAUUACAACGAUACGCCGGUAAUUGCUCAAUUCGCAGCACAAACAACAUACGAAUAUUUGUCCUGUGCAGAAAUGGUCUUCCCUUAUGUUGAUGGAGUCGAUUUGAACUGUGGCUGUCCUCAACGAUGGGCUGUUUCUACUGGCUAUGGCUGUGCACUACUCAAAGAUCCCCAACUAUUGAAAGACCUAACAUCGACAAUACGCAGAAACUUUCCAACCAACUUCAGUGUGUCGGCUAAAAUUCGCGUUCAAAGGCCCCUCGACAUAACAAUUGAUUUGGUGCGUCAGCUGGAAAAAUGUGGUGUCACCUUUAUCACAGUACACGGUCGCACGCCGACACAAAAAAUCGGUGAACCAUCGAACGUGGAGUAUUUAGCCGAAAUUAAGAAAUCCAUUUCGAUACCAAUGGUCGCGAAUGGCGAUGUAAAAACGUUAGACGAAGCGAACGAGUUGUACGAGCGAACGAAAUGUGAUGGAACCAUGUCCGCCCGGGGUAUUCUAUCGAAUCCGACAUUAUUUUCGGGUACAAAUGUGCCGUCAGUUUCGUGUCUACAGAAUUGGAUCGACAUAGUCCAUGCGAAUCCGAAUGUAACAUUUCAAUGUUUCCAUCACCAUUUGAGUUUCAUGAUGGAGAAGUUGCUGCGACGGAAGCAACGGAUCGCGUUCAAUCAACUUUCCAGCAAAGGGCAAGUGCAUGACUUUCUGGAGCAACACUUCGGAAUUGUGCCUGACCGAUCGAAGACUGGUGAAACGAUUGUGUGCGAGUACGAUGAAAGUAAGUUUCGACAACGAUCGACAGAGCAUGACAUUGAAGCCAAGCGAAUCGAAUACAAUAGUGGCAAUAAUCCGGGAAAGUUUUUCGAGAGUCAAUUGACGAGUGAUGAUGAAGGUGAAAGUGAUGAAGACGGGGUCAUUUUUAGUAAUAUAUUCGAUACGUAAGCGAAU